CUUCGGUUCGGACCGGGUCGAUACAGAGGCAGACGGAGCCCCGUAAAAGUUCUUCAUCUUCCCCAAUAGAAAAAACCUAGAUUGACACAGCUGGUUCGCCAUUCUUCUUGGUCACAAAUUUCUAUCGCCUCCUUUCCAGGAACUGCAUUUUUGAAAUGGCCGUGUCACUGUGCAGAAGUCGCACUGCUUCAUCACUGAAUUUGUUUGCCAAUACUCUUCGCCGAUUCUCUACUGAGGUGACAAACACCAGUGCUCAAAGAACGCCAGAGAGUAUAGUGAAUCAAAUGAUGUAUUCUGACAUAAACUCACGAAUUGGGAGUUGCAUGCCACUGUCUGCAAUGCGAAUUGGAACAAUCAUUCACAACAUUGAAUUGAACCCAGGGCAAGGUGGCAAGCUUGUCCGAGCUGCAGGAACUAGUGCAAAGAUCUUGAAAGAGCCCACAUCAGCAUACUGUUUAAUCCAGAUGCCCUCUGGUGUUAAAAAGUUAAUUGAUUCUCGGUGUAGGGCCACCAUUGGUGUUGUGUCUAAUCCAAGCCAUGGGGAUCGCAAGCUUAGGAAUGCCGGACACAGCCGAUGGCUUGGUCGAAGACCUGUUGUUCGAGGAGUGGCUAUGAAUCCCGUAGAUCAUCCUCAUGGGGGAGGAGAGGGUAAAAGCAAGAGUAGUGGAAAAUGGGGAAAAGGAUCUCGCACUCCUUGGGGCAAGCCAACCAAGGGUGGCUAUAAGACUGGACCCCUGAAGCGCAGAAAGUAGUAGUAGUAUAUAUAGCAUUCACUAUAGCUGCUUCUGAUGCUUCCUCAUGAGAUUCUUGUAAUAAUUGUAGAAACUGUCAUUCCUGCUUAGAAAAUUCGUGGAAAUGAUUAGAUUCAGUAGAAGUGUCAAUUUUAUGGGUUCAAAUUUUAUUGUUGCUAAAGUAAAAUGCUUUUUGCAUUUUCUCUGAACUGGUCUUGAAUUCAGCUUAUUACACUUCUAUUGGUGUGGACUAAAGUUUAUUGACUUGCUUAAAUGAGACAGCGCUUUUUGUUUCUUUUA